GCAUUCCAGCAUAUCAGAUCAACAUUCCAAUAAGUGACGUAUUUUAUGACCCACCUAUUCCAGCUAUUGGAUAUGUUCCACUGGUUUCUCAUCCUGCAAUUCCUGGUGGUAACUUUAUCAUUGAUCUUUACAAAAUUCAGCAAAUAAUCUUGAAACGUCAGCCAAGAUAA